AUCGCCUCCCAGUCAGAUUUGGAUGUUAUUACCGGGAGGAUUCGGAGGAGAAUUUGGUCAAAAGACUACUCGGUGCAAUGACAGCCUCGAAGGAUCCGAGUAAGAAGAAAUCGAAAGAGAAUCAGCUAGAUGAGGAUUUUGUGGACAUCAGCACCCCGCAGCGCAACUGGAAGGGCAUCGCCAUCUCUCUGCUGGUCAUUGUGGUCGUCUGCUCGCUCAUCACCGUAUCUGUGGUGCUCCUCACGCCUGCCGAUCUGGCAGGCAGCAUCAAGUCUGAGCUGACUGUAGACGAUCUGUACGCUUCCGAGUUCACCGUGCACGAGCCAGAAGUCGCAUGGAUAAGCGAUUCCGAGGUGGUCUACAGGAACCGAGACAAGCACGUUGUGAAAUUCGACUUCACUCGCAACGAGAGCCAAGUCCUGCUUAGCGACGCCACUUUUGUGGCAUUCAAGGUGGCAAAGUACUCGCUCUCGGCAGACCUUCAAUACGCGCUCUUUGCUUAUGACGUCAAACAGAUGUACAGAUUUUCCUACCAGGCUUCCUACAUCGUUUACAACAUAUACACCCGGGAGGUUUGGGAACUGAACCCUCCGGAAGUUUCCAACGCUGUGCUGCAGCAUGCGGCGUGGGGGAAACAAGGACAGCAACUGAUUUAUAUUUUUGAGAACAACAUCUACUACCAGUCGGACGUGAAGAGCAACUCCUUGAGGAUCACCUCUUCUGGUACGGAGGGCGUCAUCUUCAACGGGCUUGCUGAUUGGCUUUAUGAAGAGGAGAUUUUGCAUUCGCAUUUGGCCCACUGGUGGUCACCUGAUGGAGAGAAACUGGCUUUCCUCACUAUUAACGACACGCUGGUGCCCAACAUGGCUUUGGCCCAGUUCACUGGCAGCGCCUACCCCCGAGGUGUCCAGUACCCGUACCCCAUGGCCGGCCAGACAAACCCAGCGGUCAAGCUGUCUGUGGUCCAUCUUUUCGGGGUAACACACACUGUGGAGCUGCAACCUCCCGAUCAGCUCAGGCUGAGGGAUUUCUACAUCAGUAUGGUGAAGUGGAUCAGCAACACGCACCUGGCCGUGCGCUGGCUCACUCGGGCCCAGAACGCAUCCGCGCUGACCGUGUGCGAGGCCGCCGUGGGAGUCUGCCUUGCGAGACAUGAGGACUCUUCAAAUUCAUGGAUCUCCAGGCAGAACCAGGAGCCUUUGUUUUCAAAAGACGCAAGCAGGUUUUUUCUUACCGUUCCUUUGAGACAUGGAGGUCAAGGGGAUUUUCAUCACAUUGCCAUGUUCACCAAAAAGGGCGACAAGGACGAGAUUGAACACGUGACGUCCGGCACCUGGGAGGUGACGCAAAUUGUGGCGUACGAUGAAAACAAGCAGGUCAUAUACUUCCUGAGCACAGAAGUUUCUGCGCAACAGAGGCAUUUAUACAGCGUGUCCACCUUGGGUGCGUUUCCACGACAAUGCCUCACCUGCGGACUGCGCGAAGCGUGCAUGUUCUUUGAGGCCGACGUCAGCCCAGAUGUCGAGCACGCCGUCCUGCGUUGCAAAGGUCCGGGAGUUCCAUCGGUUCUGCUUCUUAGUUUGGACGAGGUGGACUCCUAUUUCGUCCUGGAGAACAAUCACCCUGUGUGGUUGAUGCUGUCCACCAAAAGAACGGUUCGGACCCAAAUCCACACCGUCCAUCAUAACGACUUGGAGCUGCCUCUGAAGCUCAUCCUUCCUCUUGACUUCUCCGAGUCCUUCCUCUACGGCCUUCUGCUCGUCGUCGGCAGCUCUCCUGGUGACCAGGCGGUCACGGAGGAGUUCAAGCUGGACUGGGAUCAAGUGCUGGUGGGCUCCGAGGAGGUGAUCGUGGCUCGGCUAGACGGUCGCGGUUCUGCGUUCCGAGGUCAAAGGAUGUUGCAUCAGCUCCACCAGAACAUUGGGCAGGCGGACGUUGAGGACCAGAUAGCAGCUCUGGCGUACUUGGUGAAGCUUCCCUUCAUCGAUCCGACCAGGGUCGGCGUUUUUGGAGAGGACUACGGCGGUUACUUGACGCUGAUGCUGAUCAAGUCGACCGAGGGGUUGAUCCGAUGCGCUGCUGCUCAGGCUCCCGUCGUUGAUUGGACCAUGUAUGCUUCAGCGUUCUCAGAGCGAUAUUUCGGCACACCUUCUUCUGAGGAGAACAGAUAUCAAAUGUCCAAAGUUCUCCCAGACGUCAAAGGCCUGCAGGGAGGAUCACUGUUUCUCGCCCAUGGGACCGCUGAUGCAAACGUUCACUUUCAACACUCAGCGGAGCUCAUCAAGCACUUGAUCAGGGUGGGAGCCAACUACACCAUGCAGAUCUACCCUGAUGAGGGCCACUUCCUGUCAAGACAAAGCCAGAUUCAGCUGAGGCACUCUCUGAUUGGCUAUUUUCGAGGUUGCCUGUUGGACGCGUCAUCAUUACUCGACAGGCGUGCUGAAGAUGAAUGAGGAGGUCCAUAGAACAAUUGUGCGUGCGUGUGUUUUUUACUCUUAGCACAAUAUUUCAGUUAUUGUGAAUUUAGAACAGGGGUGUCCUUUCCUUCGAGAGGAGCAUACACAAAAUCCGAGGGCACUGGCGGAGCUAGAUGGGGGGGCCGCAGGGGCACUGAUGAAAUAUACUUGGACCCCCCCCAGCUGCCAGGUGAGAUCAUUAGCUUUUUUUUUUUCUUUUUCCAACAAUUCCACCCUCUCCCAAAGGUAACAUGACAAAUCAUCAUAGUUUUUGUGAUUUUUUUUUUUUUUGCAGCCCUUAUUGAAUUUGAGUAGGUAGAUGGAGGUUGUGAGCUGCUAAGAAAAGCAAACGGCGGCAUCGUAACUUUAAUUUGGACACCCCUGAUUUAGAAGCUAAGGUAAAUGAAAAUAAGAAUGACAUCCAAUCCUGUUUUUAGCACCUCAAAAAUGUUGUUUAAAAAUAUAACGCAAAAUGUGAGACCAAAAGUGGUCAGUGACGUUCGUGGCAUGAAGCCGUCGACAUUGUGCACUUUAAAUUUUUUUGUCGCUCGGUCUUCAGAAUGUGAAUGUGCGUUAUGUUGAAGACACUGUGUUGGGGUUUACAUUUUUUGUAAACUGUUUAGCUUCAAUCGUGUUUUUAUGUUCACAUUACCGAUUUGCCCUUUAACUGAUUAUCGUGUAUGUAACAUGAUGGUAUCCUUCCUUUUCUAUGAGAAUCCAUUUUAGGUAGAUUUAUGAUUCUAUUGAUGGUUUUCAUGAAAGAUUGCAACAGCUAAUGUGAUUUAGUCAAAUUUAAAAAGGGAAUUCUUGUCUCACCUAACGAAAACAAGAAAAUCAAAAUAGACAAGAACGGAAAGCUGAGGAGUUAGAAAUGAGCGAUUUGUUAGUGCUGUGGAAAUUAUGUUAAUUGUGAAUAGUAUAAGACUUAACCUCAUGUCAAAGAAGGCAGACAAUGAGGUAAAUAAAUACAUGUCAAUGUU